CGUGUGUAGUUGUAACCGCGAGAACGAAGAGGAAGAGGUGAGUUGAGAGGGAGCUGACACUCGGGAGCAGACUUCAGUCAGUGACCGCUGCGCUCCGCAACCAGCGCGACGUACACGCGCACGCAGGCACGCACGUACGAAAGUACGACCACCAGGCAGCCCUCUGAGAUGGACGUCAUCCCCAUGUGCAGCAUCUUCCAGGAGCUCCAGAUCGUGCACGACACCGGAUACUUUUCCGCGUUACCGUCCCUGGAGGAGUACUGGCAGCAGACAUGCUUGGAGCUGGAGCGCUACCUGCAGGCCGAGCCGUACGUGUCGGCGUCCGAGCUGAAGUUUGACAACCAAGAGGAUCUGUGGAGCAAACUGAUGCUGGCCUGUGGCGACAAGGCGGCCGACCCCAAGCUGGCCAAGGAGGACGAGGAACCUCCGGAGAGCCGAGACGCCGCGGGCUGCUGCUUCCACUCGGACGCCAGCAGCGAAGCGUCGGACUGUUCCGAAGAACUGUCGCCCACCCUCGACUUCCCCGCCGGCUCGCUGGCCGAUCUCCUGGGCGACAGCCCCGAGGAGGACCUGAGCGCCGCCUGCGCCGCCGCCGUCAUCAUCGGGACGCCGCCCUCUUCGCCCGAGCUGGCCAAGGAGGGCCUGGCGGGGUUGCAGGUGUGGGGGGGCGGCGGCCAUGCCGGACCGCAUACGGCGGGGAAAGGCAGGACGAGCGGCGGCGCGGAGAGGGCGGUGCUCGUCGGUGGGGAAGCGUCGCCCGACGGCAGGAGGCGAGUGCACAGGUGUCUCUUCAACGGAUGCAGGAAGGUGUACACCAAGAGCUCGCACCUCAAGGCGCACCAGCGCACCCACACAGGCGAGAAGCCGUACAGAUGCUCGUGGGAAGGCUGCGAGUGGCGCUUUGCGCGCAGCGAUGAGCUGACGCGCCAUUUCAGGAAGCACACCGGAGCCAAGCCAUUCAAAUGCAGCCACUGCGACAGGUGUUUUUCCCGUUCGGACCAUCUGGCCUUGCACAUGAAGCGGCACAUCUAAGGUGGCGACGGCGGCGUGGAAGGCUAAGGCGGGACAAAUCGGGCAGAUGUUUCCUGACCUGUGUGGCGUCAGCGAGGCCGGUGGGGCGUGUCGACAAGGUACCACGGCGGCGCACCGUGGCGGACGACGUUCCCGUCAGCGGGGGGGAAAAAAAGCAGGACGUACACGCAGGCUCUCGUUUUGCACCGUACUCAGUGCCUCCGACAGCUCGCUGUGCUGGAGUAGGAAAGUUCCGAAAAGGACGAGAAUUCGUGUAUGGUGUUUGGCGCUUUUUUUUAAGGCCCCCUCCCUACCCCUGGCCGGAGGAUCUUGGGACUUUUCGGGGGCGCAGCGGAGUGUUUGGACUGCGGAUGCCUGCGCUGGUUUGCUGAAGUGCGGCGUGCAUGGUGGACGAAUGGCGUCUUUUUGUCUCAGAGUGAAUGAGAAGAAAGCCUGGAGAGCAACGGAGGGUUUCUGUGUUUGUUUGUGUGCCCUCUGGAGGACUGGAGGUGGAACUACAGCUUCCUGCUCAUUGGAAAAAAAAAGACAAAAAAAUAACGGAGGGAGGAUUUUUUUUGGGUGCAGCUAAUAAAUGUGCAAUGUAUUACGUAGCCUGUCUGAAAACACACAUGCCAGAAAGCUCAUUUUUGUUGUUCAAGCGAGCGAGAGAAAUUCAAAGCAAUGAACGUCAACAGUGGGAAGUGGCACAGGAGUGUCAAGGACACGCUGGAAAGGAAACUCAUUUUGAUCUGGAAAAAAAACUUCUGCGAUUUUCUAACUUUUUCUAGAGAAAAUGUGAGUUUAACCUCAUCAAGUCUAAUUUACACUUGCAAUAGUAUCUUUGGCACGUUUUUCCUCAUGAAGAUUUCUAAUCUCCUAAUAGUAAAAAAAAAUUAAAAAAUCUAGAAAUCAAUUUUUUGAGGGGAUAGAAAUCCACCUUGAAUCCUUUUACAACUUCCCCAAAAUCAGACUUUAACCUUGUAAAAUUCAAACUGAAGCACAAAAAAUAACAAUUCUAUUCUUUUGAAAUCAAUGAAUAUUUCCAUAUCCUACAGGGUUUGGAUUUAAUUGCCGUUUUUUCUUUCCAGUGUUUUCUUUCGGAGGUGUGUCGCGUUUUUUUUUUUUUUUUUUUUUGACUGAACAGUUCAGUCAUGAUUUCGCCCUUUUGUUUACGUGUCAACAACACAACACUUGACAUGCUCCUCCCGAAAAAAAGUCCCAUCGCCAACUAGUGUCUUGGCGUGCAAAUUGCAGCGUGUUGACCGGGUGUACAUGUCACGUUAAUGCUGUGGGGAGGGCAGGGAUUGCAUGAGUGAGGAGGGGGGGGGGGGGCUCUGUUCACAUUUUAUUGCGAUUGCAGGAUGACGUCAUUGGAGAGCAGCUCCCUUCACGUUGCUAUUGUUGAAAGAUGCAUAACAAGGCUUUUUUGUUGUUGUUGGGAAUACCACUUAAUAAUAGCGCUUUUAGAGGUGAGUCGCCUUCACUUUUUCUUUGGCUUAGACAUGUCGAAACAAAAGCGAGAGGAAAAAAAGUGCACUGUUGACCUUACUGAUGCCUUACGCAAGUGGCCUUGUCCUAUUCAACACACACAUGCAGUCCUUGAAAAAGCUUUACAGACACUCAUUUCCUCUCAACCGACUCCCCCCCCACCCCGCCACAAUAAAACCCCGUGCAUCACAGUCGGAAAAAAAAGACAGACAUUUUCAUUUUUGACAAUUCUUUUUUCUUCUUUCAACUGUGUCAGACAGGAAUGUGUGGGCGCCUUUGCUACUGUGUAGGAAACCUUCGGCUCCAAGUCAACCAGAGAGCUUUCAAAAUAAGAUGACAAAAUUAUUUAUAUGUGAAAAUGUGACUCCCCUUUUAGAUUUUGACUUUACAUUUUUGCAUUUUAACUAGUCUUGUAAUAUUAUGACCUUUUUCCUCAGGAAAAAAAUACAAAGACUUUAAUUGAUGUACAUUUAAGAUGUAUUCUUUUCAAAUGAUCCAAUUAAAAAGUUAAAUAAAUGGCCAAUCGCCAAAAUAAAUGACUUUUUUUCCACUUGAUAAAGAUCCAACACUCAUUUCAGAUUGUGACUUUUUUUUGUCAAAAAGGUUAACUUGAUCUUCCUAAUAGAAAGAAAAAAAAUACAACGUAAAUGUAGUAAAAUUCAAUUUUUUUCUCAAAGAAAACAAAUAUUUAAAAUAUUUUAAUGUUGUGAUUUGCAACUUCUUUUCUUGGGACAAGAAUGACAAUUUAAUACUUGAAUUUUUUUCUUAAAAAAAUAAAUAAAACAACAACGAUUAUCUCCCCCCCACCGCCACGAUAAAUAAAUACAACAUUCAACGAAACGUCCGUCUGAACUUCGACUUGAAAAGCGUUCUGACUCUGUGAGAAUUUCUCAACGACAUGGUUGUUCCUCUCGCAUGUUGAUGUGAGUGAAACCUGCAUGACCGGUUUGUCAUUGCGUUGAUACUGAAUGCCGAUGUUUAGCUUGAAGCGCUCAUGCCAACCAAAUAAACUUCAAUCUUGUCAUUUGAAAACAGUUAAAAAUGAAUUAAUACAUAAAUGAAUACAUUUGAAUUUGUAAGAAUAUGACUUUUUGGGAAAAAUGUAUGACGUGAAUCCGAAAAUGUUCUCACUUUUUUUUUAAUGCAGUUUCUUGAAGUGCUGACAUAAUUCUCGCAAUAUUCUGACUUUUUCCCCCCCAACAAAAACUUGAUUUUCUGACUCUUAUUUUACGUUUACAGUAAGACUUUAAUUUUGUAAUCUAACUUUUUUCCAAAAAAAGAAACUUGUGUACUACUUUUCUACCCCUACAACAUUCAUCUUGUAGUUGUUUGACAUUUUGAUAGAAAAAAAGGACUUAAAUCUCAGCAUAUUGAGUUUUUGUUUUUAAAAAAAAAAGCAAAUGUAAUUUAUUUCUCGGAAGAAAAUAAGACUUCAACCUCAGAUUUUUCUUCUCAAAAUAUUCAGACUUUUGUGAGGGAAAAAAAUUCAAUGUAAAUAAAAUUUUUAACCCCAAAAAUUAUGCGAGUGUAUAAAUAUCGAGAAAACAGGGAGCUAAAUAUUGUAAACUUGCUACUUUUCUCCUCUAAAAAAAUUGAAAUUUUAUGACUUUUUAUUUUGGGGAGGAAAAAAGACUUAAAGCUAAUAGCGAGUCAAAAUGAGGACUUGUGUCAUAUUGCCAGAAAAAUAUGACCAAAAAUAAAAAAUUGCAUCUUCAAUGGAGAGUUGAGUGCAGAUUGUGGAAGCCGUUUGGCUCAUAGCGCUGAUGUAAGCUAAGCUAAAGGAAAACAAAAGCGCAACUUGUGCUGCAACAACAAGCCUGCGACUCAUCCGCGACAAGAUGAGGGCGGCCAUUGUUCUUUGUUUUGGUUGUUUGUUUUCUUCCACUCUGCGAGGUUGACAAAGCAAAAGUUUUGUUGCGUACAUUUUCCAUGAAGGCCCUUUUUCAACUGGGGACCAAUAAAACCAUGUGGGGGUUGUCAAAAAA